UAACCAAUUUCUCACAUCAAAUAUAGACAUUCAUAACAUUAGAUCGAGUUCAAAUAAUACUGUUUAAAAUUAUUUCAGCGUUGCUUUCGAUAUAAGUUUCAUUUAUGUUUUGUCGUUAAUAGAUACACAUAGUCAAAGGUGAAUUUACACAUUGAUAAAAUUAUGUUACAUCGGCAUCACUCUAUCAGUAGACUGCAAAGUAUUUUACUUGGUUAUAACUGACAGUUAUUAACGUGAUUUUACAAUUGUUACGUGAAUUGUUACCAAUAAAAUAUUUCUUUUCUCAUUCAUUUAUACGUGCGUUUAUUAUUAUUUAAUUAAUUAAAUAUAAUUUAUAAUAAAUUAUAAUAAAAUAUUUAUAAAUAAAUUUACGCGGGAUAAGAAGAGGUUAUGGCUACGGAAGAAGGUUUCGAACAGUUCGAAGAUGAAGAGGCUGAGAUUGCUAUCGGUGGUACGUUACCAGGAGGAAGGAAACGUCUCUUUUCGAAAGAACUUAGAUGUAUGAUGUAUGGCUUUGGUGAUGAUCAAAAUCCUUAUACUGAAAGCGUUGAUUUACUCGAAGAUCUUGUCAUCGAAUUCAUAACAGAAAUGACCCAUAGAGCUAUGGAAAUUGGACGUACUGGACGAGUUCAAGUAGAAGAUAUUGUCUUUUUAGUUAGAAAAGAUCCACGCAAGUAUGCCAGAGUGAAAGAUCUUCUAACAAUGAAUGAAGAAUUAAAGAAAGCAAGAAAAGCAUUUGAUGAAGUUAAAUAUGCAGAAUAACGUCAUUGAUUCCCACACCUUGGUAAGAAGAACCACACAAUGCUAGAGGGAUACUACGUGAAGAAAUAUAAUCAUGGAUAUGAUUUAAACGUUGUGCGUGACCCACUACAUGUUGGGGAAUACAGUCUUUCAGAAUGGCCACAUUAAAGGCUAUGGGCUCUUUUUUAAUAUUCAGGAUUUCUUUAACUUGUUUAAUUGCUAUAUUCAACAAAUCUUCGUCUGAUGGAUCUUUACCAAAGUAUUUUUCAAACCAUGCACCACCCAUCAUUACUGUUAGUACCUGGUUAUUAAAUAUCUUAUAUGUAAAUACAAAAUUGUACAAUUGUCUAGUCUAUUAUAGAUAUACAAAUAUAGAUAAAGUUUUGCACAAGUUUUUAUUCCAUUUAAAAGAAAUUCUUAAAUUAAUAAUCAAUAACAAAAGAAAUAUAAAAAUGUGUUCAAAAGUGAAUCUAAUGUAAAUGUAAAUAAAAUUUUUCUAUUUUUCUACA